AUGCCAGCUGACUUGAUUGGAUAUUUAUAUGCUGCUACUGUGGCUGCUGGUGGCAUUAUAGGCUAUGUUAAAGCCGGUUCCAUCCCCUCGUUGGGCGCUGGUUUGGCCUUUGGUGCUAUACUUGGCGUAGGUGCACAUUUUAAUUCACAGGAGCCCCCACGUCCACUCUUGCAGUUGGGCACAGCGGCUGCUUUGGCCGGCAUGAUGGGUGCACGUUGGCAACGUUCCGGAAAACUAAUGCCUGCUGGCAUGAUUCGUGUGAUAUCCGUGGCAGCCAUAUUGCGAAAUUUGGUUGCAUACAACCGGUACUUGCCCCUCCCAGGAAGGCAACAGUAAAUGCGUAUCGCUGCCUAUAUUGCAUAUAAACUCCAUUAAUUAAAGCCACGCUUAAUU